AUGGAUUCCGAGAUGAUACAGUUUGAUGAAUUCCUUGAGCAGGAUGCCUUUGACUUUGUGAAUCAAGCCAGCCAUUUGCCCAAUGAGGUCAAUUCAACCAUUCUGAACAUCAACAAGCUCAACUCACAGUCCAGCACUACUGUCUGGCAGUCUGAGGUUAUGAGCGUCCUUCGCCCUCUCAAAUUGGAGGGUUUGAUUGACUCUGAUCUGGCAAGACCUGAGCCUACCGACUCCCAGUACAGUAAAUGGCGCUUCUGGGGUCCAGUCAUUGCUAGGUGGCUUCUCAACCAACUGGAAGAACCAAUCCAGCAGCUGGUCAAGUCGCACACCCCCUACCUGACCUAUGCGGACGAUGUUUACAACACCAUCAAAUCCGUCAACUUGGGCAACCACCGUCUGUACAUCGAGCGCGAACUGGCGAAGUGGAACAACCUGAAGCGGGCCGACUACACCAAGGCCCAGGAUUUCAUAUUGGCAUACCAAAACCAAUACAACCGGCUCAAGAUGGAAGGAGAAGAAGGUUCCUGCGGUCUGGCACUGGCUCGGCUGUUGAAUGAGCUUGAAGCCGAAUGCAUCCGGGUCCCCUUUAUUCGAUCUGAGGUGGAUGCCAUGGCCAAAGAAGUUGAUUACCCUCUAUUCAACUACUACUGCCGUCUCCUGAUCAGAGAAUCCCGCGAAGCCCUUGCAGCUGGUACUGGUGGGGGAUUUGAUACUGGUCGUGGUGGAGGCGAUGGAGGCCAAGGCAGCAGCUCUGCGACCAGACAAGAGAUCUCAUAUCGCGCGUGGAGGAGGGGCGAGGGAAGGCAGCCUCGCUAG